UUCGCUCAGGCACAGCCCAUUCCGGAGGAGAGGGGGACGCUGCUCUGUGUCGCUGCUCCGCUGUGUUCAUGUUGUUGUCAUCUCCGCCCCUAUCUGAUUAAACCGCGCUGCCCGGCGGUCCAACCACGCUCACAAAAGGACAGGGAUUUUUUUUCUUUUUUUUUGUGGAGACUCACGGCUAUACUCUUUCGUUUUCCUCAUGAUGUCCUCUAAACACAAAUAGUGACCCGGUUUUGAGCCAAAUGUUGCAGCGGCCGGUGCGCUCCGCAGACGCGUGGGUCAUGCGCUGCACCUGACAGGCUCUCCUGCACUUCUGACUUCACACUGUCUGAGACGGGACCAAAAACUUAGCAUCGCCCCAAGAAGCCCGCGGAGCCCACUUCCUGCACGGACUGUUUUGUACCAAAACAUAAAAAAUUCCUUGUUAUUUUUUUUCCACUAAAAUUUAAAGCUGCAUCACCGAGGCGAAACGGCGACCUCAGUCGAUUACUUUUCUUUCCUUUGCUAUCCCAUGGAUAUUCACUGCAAAGCAGACCCCUUCUCGGCGAUGCACCGGCACGGCGGUGUGAACCAGCUCGGCGGGGUGUUUGUGAACGGCAGGCCCCUCCCGGACGUGGUGAGGCAGCGGAUCGUGGAGCUGGCCCACCAGGGCGUCCGGCCCUGCGACAUCUCCAGACAGCUACGGGUCAGUCACGGCUGUGUCAGCAAAAUCCUCGGCAGGUACUAUGAAACCGGCAGUAUUAAACCCGGAGUCAUUGGUGGCUCCAAACCAAAGGUUGCAACUCCAAAAGUGGUGGAUAAAAUCGCAGAGUACAAGCGCCAGAAUCCCACCAUGUUCGCCUGGGAGAUAAGGGACCGACUGCUGGCCGAGGGCGUCUGCGACAACGACACAGUUCCCAGCGUUUCAUCCAUCAACAGGAUUAUCCGCACCAAAGUCCAGCAGCAAUUCCACCCGUCUCCCGAUGGAUCCGUCACACCGCUCUCCACGCCCGGCCAUACCAUAGUGCCCAGCACCGCCUCCCCACCUGUGACCAGUGCCUCCAAUGAUCCCGUAGGAUCCUACUCCAUCAACGGCAUUCUGGGUAUCCCCCGCUCCAACGGCGAGAAGAGGAAACGAGACGAUGUUCUCUGGAGUGGCAACCACUUGGAUGGAAGGAAAAUAGGACAUUAUGGGUCAGAUGGCUCAGGACCGGGCAGCGACUCUCAGGGCAGCGUGGAAAGUUUAAGGAAGCACCUGCGAGCAGAUGCCUUCACCCAGCAACAGCUGGAGGCCCUGGAUCGUGUGUUUGAAAGGCCAUCUUACCCCGAUGUCUUCCCCACUUCAGAACACAUUAAACCCGAACAGGCGAAUGAGUACUCUCUCCCAUCGCUGAAUGCCGGCCUGGAGGACGUGAAGCCGAGCCUCUCCACCAGCGCCAGCUCCGACCUCGCCUCCAGUGUCUCCCAGAGCUACUCUGUUGUGACAGACUCUCACCCAUCAUAUCCGCCUUCCAUGUGUGUAAAGCGGGAGCCCCAUGAGGCAUCCUUUGCCCCCUUCACCCCCUCCUCUGUUGGGGACUCUGCUCUAGCUGACGUCUUGCCCCACCAGUCCAGCCUCUCUGUAGAUGCCUCCACUCCCAGCUACCUUGCCCAUGCCCACGGCCCCUGCUACAGCCAGUAUGCCAGCCAGCCUUUAAUAGCAGGUCGAGAUAUGGCCAGCACCACCUUACCUGGCUACCCUCCUCAUGUUCCCCCCACAGGACAAGGCAGCUACCCCACCUCCACGCUUGCUGGAAUGGUUCCUGGCGGGGACUUUUCUGGAAACCCUUACUCUCACCCACAGUACACAACUUACAACGAAGCUUGGCGGUUUAGUAAUCCAGCAUUACUAAUGCCGCAUCCCGUGGCUCCGCACCUCCCACUGCUGCCACUGCCUACGACCGCCACUAGUUAUCCCGGAGACCAGCUCAAACUGCAGGGCCAGAGCUUCGGCCUCCACCUUGUCCCUGUCUGAGAAACACUGAGGUCACAUGGAAAGAGGAGAGAGAGGGGGGUUCGCAAAUGGAACCCCGUCAUCUUACGGGAUGUGGAGGAAGGAUGGGCGAGGUCGCCGCCGGUUCACGCAGCGUCAGCGUUACACACUUUGGGUCAGAGGGGCCCGUGGGCAUUCAGAGCUCACCUGUCACACCCACACUCUCUCACAGGCCCGAACAUUUCCCGAAUGACUUUAAGAGAUUAUAUAAAUAUAUAUUAUAAAAUAUAAAUUGAAGAAAAACAGUGUGAAGAAUACCAUGUGGAAAAUGUUGUGGGUUUUUAAUUAUGUUACUUUGUUGCUGUUGUUGUUGUUGUUAUUUUAUUCAUGGAUCCUCACAUUCCUUUAUGUAAUGAACUGCAGUAUUUUUCUGCUCUAAAGAGAGAAGCCCAGGGGAGACGACAAUGGUCCCAUAGCUUGCUUAAGGUAGCAACUCGAAUCAUUGUUGCAGGCCUGCUUCAGACACUUAAUGAGAUGAGGGCUCCACACUGUAAAACAGGCUUUUUCUGGUGCUUUGACUACGUCUUCUGUUCCCAAUUGUCAUGUCCCACCAGAACUCUCCGAUAAACACAGCUCGCCCUGCAACGUUAACCCACCCUGCAGACCAAUGGCAGCAUCACACUCCCUUUGGCAAACAAUCAGAUGUAAAAAUGUAAAUCAUUGCCCAAAGUAUUAAAAAUGUGGUGACCAUGAAUUCAGAAGGGCCUUGCCAGAAUUUAAAAUACUUUAAUUUAUUUUUUUUCUGUCGCAUUUUUUUUUUUUUUUUUUUUUAUGCAAACAAAGUUAUCAAAGAUCUUUACAGAGUCACUGUCACAUUUCGCCCAUUUUUCUGUCAAGUCCCGUUUUGCACUAACACCUCAGCUUUUUACUUUCUUUAUUUGAUUUGGUACAUCCACUCAAAAUUCACUUUGGUUUAAAACACUAUAAUUGUGUCUAACUGGUGUAAAAACACAACAAGAACAAACAGAUGCUCAUGCUGUAAGCUGUAGCUUCUCAGCUACACCUUGAACAAGACCCUUUCAAUCUAGUACUGCUUCAUUCAGAUACUUAGUCAUGCCACUAGAUGCCUACACAGUUUAGAAAGCUAUAUUUCCAGUUGUGUAAACCAACUGCAAAACAGCUCCAACAAUUGCCUUACAAAGCUUCUUUGUCGACAUAAAUCCAUACCCUGUUCAUGAAUUGCCUUGAAAAGCACGUAUUCACCUCCCUCCAUGAGGUCGCAUUCCACUCUCCACAGAGCUGAGAGAAUACUGAUUCAUUUUGCAUUUUGGGAAAUAUUUUGUGAAUGUACUCUUAACUACAUUUGCCAAAGACUUAGUUUGAUAUUUUUAUUUACAGUAUAUGUAUGCAUAAUUAAAGCAGUAUUAUCUCUUAAAUAAGUCAAGACUGAACAUAUAUGUCGGGACUUCUCAGCAGGUGAACAACAUGAUGCAUAUGACUGUGAUGAUAAAAAAAAAGGUGAAUAUCGGUGAUUCAAUAUUCCAACAACUGCAACAAAGUGCUGCUUUAUAGAAUGAUUUCUGUAUAAUGUGAAGACAAUUCUUCUCUGUAAAUAUAAUGUCAUACACACACAGACACACACACACAAUGUUGCAGUAUCAUAAUAAUAUACUGGCUCCCUUUGUAGAUAUACAUUCUGAAAAAAACAAGCAUUAUAUUUGUGUCUUAAUGUAAUGUUGUGCUCUGAGGAAAGACACAACUGCUGUAUAACCUAUGGCUACGUCAAUAGCAGGUUUCAGAUGCUAACAUCACAUAGGUUGUCUUUGUCAUUUUGUUUUUAUUUUUACAAUAUUGUCAUGCUGAUGUGUUAUGUCACUAUGCAAUGAGUUUGAUGGCUUUCUGUAUCAUAUUUUGUUGUUGGGCUCAGAAUAACCAAUCCCCACAGACAACAGCAUAAAGGUUAAAAAAGAAAAAAAAAAAGAAUCCAAAAGAUUUCUGGUGUGAUUUUUUUUUUUUUUUCCACUUUUGCUCCACAAAUUUCCUUGAUCGGCGAUCAAACUAAAGUCCUCAGUAACAAUUAAAGACAUUGUCCUGUUUGCUAUUUGUAGAUGUUGUGAUCAUUAACCAGAUGACAGUGAUCUGUGCUUCCAUGUACAGAAACACAUUACUGGCACCUUCCCUCCCUCCCUCCCUCCACUUUGCUACCCGUACCAGUGUUUAUCAUAAGGGUAAAAAGGUUGUUUUCCCUUACUCUACACAAGCUAACCCAUCAUCAAGUACCAGGGUCAUAUGUCAUCGGUGAGGGCACCAAAAACACAGAAAAAACAGACCGUGGUCUUGCUCUCCCGGAGGAGCUAUCCUCUACGAAUCGCACUUGGGAUUUGCCCGUUUCCGUCUACUUGCAGCUGGACAUAUCUGAAAAUGAAACACGGCGCGGCACAGAGUGCGAGCAGCCAGGCAAAGUCUAUGCUUUAGGAAGUGGAGCACCUCUGCUGGACUGGGUCUUCUAGCGUUGUAAAGAUGAUACAGGAGAUGUGUUGCGGACAUAAAAAGGAUUUCUGAAGAAAAUCUAUAAGGAAAGCCUUGUGGCCUCAAUCAUUGUUCUGUUUCAGUUCUGUUCCAAUUCUUUUUGUGCACAUGAGAAAUAAAUUCUUUUAUAUGUCUGUCAUUGACUUGGUGCCCGCUCAUUAUUAACCCCUCGAGAAAAUGAUUCAGAGUUCAAGGUUGCAGGAGAGCAUUUCUGCUGAGGGUGUAUUGAUGUCGGAUUUUAUGAACAGUUAGUACUAUACACGACAUUUACAGCUUUGAAAUAUCAAAUACAUGAAGGCUGCAUAUUAAUCAGUUUGUCUAUU